GAAAACCAACCCACAUCAACCAACCAACCCACCCACCCUCCACGCUGAGGCUGGAACAGGCAGGUCCCUGCCAACUCCACAGCACGCAGCAAGCAGGGAAGAAGGGAAGAAGUCCACCCUCCCUGGGCAGGAGCGGAGUUGAGCCCGAAGGAUAUUUGAUGACACUUUGGCAACGAUGGGUCCCCCAGCAUCUUCCAGAGCCCAUUUGAGGGUGAAGGCUCCGAAAGCACAGAGGGAGUUUGAAGCUAAAUUCACCUGAGUCUGGAUCUCUUGGUCGCUGGGAUUUAUCUAUUUUUCUUUUUUUUCUCCACGGGAAAACCGAACCAAGAAAAAAAGCGUGUUUGCUUUUUUUUUUUUUUUAAUCUCCCUCUUUUUUUUUUUUUUUUAAUUCCUUUAUUUUUUUUUCUUUUGGAAGAAGAUUUUUUCUUUUUCCCCCCUGUGGUUGGAAUGGAGGGGUUGGGUCUGUGCCUAAGAAGCAGCAGCCGAAUGUCGGUCCUGGGAGAAACCCGAGUGGAUGUGGGGUGCCCUGCCAGCUAACUCUCCAGGAGCUGCAGCCCCACGGCCGGAGGGGCUGGAUGCGGUGAGAGAGCCUCUCACAGGAUCCACGUGGUGACGUGGCAGCCAAGACGUGGAAGUUUGGGACUUCUCUUCCACCGCAGCAGAAUUUGGGGGGUGGGCAGGGGUGGGUCAGGGGGACACUGGGAGUCGCAAGACCCUUCACCUUCACUGUGGUCUUGGCUCAGGGAUGACAACGGGCAGAGUCAACCCUUACAGCAUCGUGUCCUCCGAGGAAGACGGGCUGAGGUUGACCACCAUGCCAGGUAUCAACGGCUUUGGCAAUGGGAAAAUCCACACCAGGAGGAAAUGCAGGAACAGGUUUGUAAAGAAGAAUGGUCAGUGCAACGUGGAGUUCACCAACAUGGAUGACAAGCCACAGAGGUACAUUGCAGACAUGUUCACCACGUGCGUUGAUAUCCGCUGGAGGUAUAUGCUCUUGCUCUUUUCCCUGGCAUUUCUGGUGUCCUGGUUAUUAUUUGGGCUGAUUUUCUGGCUAAUUGCACUCAUUCAUGGAGACCUAGAAAACCCGGGUGGAGACGAUACUUUCAAACCUUGCGUUCUGCAGGUCAAUGGCUUUGUGGCUGCUUUUCUGUUCUCCAUCGAGACCCAAACGACGAUUGGGUACGGCUUCCGCUGCGUGACCGAGGAGUGUCCGCUUGCCGUCUUCAUGGUGGUGGUUCAGUCCAUCGUGGGCUGCAUAAUCGACUCUUUCAUGAUUGGUGCAAUAAUGGCAAAAAUGGCCAGGCCCAAAAAACGGGCCCAGACAUUACUUUUCAGCCAUAACGCAGUAGUGGCGAUGAGAGAUGGAAAACUCUGCUUGAUGUGGAGAGUUGGGAACCUACGGAAAAGCCACAUAGUAGAAGCCCACGUACGAGCUCAGCUAAUUAAGCCCAGGAUCACGGAGGAAGGGGAGUACAUCCCGCUCGACCAAAUAGACAUUGACGUGGGGUUUGAUAAAGGCUUGGACCGUAUUUUCUUGGUGUCUCCCAUCACCAUUCUCCAUGAGAUCAACGAAGACAGCCCCUUGUUCGGGAUCAGCCGCCAGGACUUGGAGACAGAUGACUUUGAGAUUGUCGUCAUCCUGGAGGGCAUGGUAGAGGCCACAGCCAUGACGACGCAAGCUCGGAGCUCCUACCUGGCCAGUGAGAUACUGUGGGGCCACCGCUUUGAGCCCGUCUUGUUCGAGGAGAAAAACCAGUACAAAGUAGACUAUUCCCACUUCCACAAAACCUACGAGGUCCCGUCCACGCCCCGUUGCAGCGCCAAGGACUUGGUGGAGAACAAAUUCCUGCUGCCCAGCACCAACUCCUUCUGCUACGAGAACGAGCUGGCCUUCAUGAGCCGUGAUGAGGAAGAGGAAGACGACGACAGUCGGGGUCUGGAGGACCUCAGCCCGGACAACAGGCACGAGUUCGACAGGCUUCAAGCCACAAUAGCGUUGGAUCAGCGGUCGUACAGGAGGGAGUCGGAAAUAUGACUCUUGGUCCUUCCAUUGACUUUUCCAAGGGUAUUUUUUUUCCUCCUCUAAUCUCUUCCCCUAAAACCCGCUCAAAUUAUGCAGAACAAUGCAAGUGCCAUAGGAAUGCUUGAGAAAUUAGUAUCGUUCAUAGUUUUCAGUUUCAUUGCAAUAACCACUGAGCGGUCUGCAGAGGGGACGGUGGCAGGCCACGGCGCGUCCCCCGCGCCCAGCGCCUGCAGCAGGGCCCAUGGCUCUGGGGGAUGGAUGGACAGAUGGAUGGAUGGAUGGAUGGACAGAAGGAAGGAUGAGGAGAGGAGGGUCCGUGGGGCGCGGGCAGGUGCUCGCCCCGCGCAGCCCCGUGGGGCUUUGCUGUCCCCGUGGGGAAAACGCCAGCGUUUUCCUGGAGCCGAGCACUGCGAGAUCCAAAAAGAGGAAAUAUCAGGAAACAAAUCUUACUCUCUGUCUUUCUCUCUUUCUUUUCUUUUCUUUUCCUUUUAUUUUUUAACUGAGCAGCAACAACAAAACAAUUGCUCCUUUGGCAGGUGGUCGGUUCAGUUGCACAAGAACAACACUUGAAAUAACAUGCAACAUUAAUGUACUUCUUUUUAAUUUGGGAAAAAAUGGGGGAGGGACGUGAGAGGGUUUUUAAUAUUUUCACCGCACCGUUUGGGAGACUGUUUACCAAAAUAAUAAUAAUAAUUAUUAUUAUAAUUAUAACAAUAAUAAUAAUAUUGAAUCUGAAAGAAGUCAUUCAGUAUUUUUUAAAAAUGAACAAAGGAAUGAAGAAGCCACUGGGGUCCUUUGAGGGGGUGACUUGUUGGGUAAAUGCAAGAGCUAAAAGUUAAGAUUGCAUCCAGUUUCGGGGUGUUUUUUACCACUGGCAUGGCUUCAUAUGCAGAAAACAGAUGUAAGUGACUGUAGGUCUGUGGCAGUGAAAGAAAGUAGUGAAAUUAUUAACAAGGAGGUAAUGAGGAUAAGCAGAGCUGUGAGAGAAAAAAGCAUUGUAAACACAGUGAUUAGCCAAUAUCUGGAAAUGUUGUAUUUCGGGGUGGAAAUGGGGUCUGGAACAUCAGCUGCUGAAGUGUUGGGUCUCCCCCAACAUCUCUGAUGGGGAAUUCAUAAGGUUCACCAUAACUGGGACAUAACAGUGAAAAGCACAAAAAUGAGAGUGGAGGGCUCUCAAAAUUGGGUAUUUUCCCAGUUUUCUGACCAAUUUGGUAUUUUUCUUCAUUGAAGAAUAUUUUCAAACGUGGAAGUCAAUGGGAAAGUCAUCUUGUUGGGCUGCUCUUCUAGUCCUGGAGCUGUGUCCGUGCCAGGUUGAGCUUCAUGAAUUCCCAACCCACCAGAGAGUCCUGCUUCAGAUGUUCUCCCCAAAACAACAGAUGCCAGUUGAGAAAAUCACCCCAUCUUGUGCUUCAGCCCAUCCCUGUGCCCCAACCUCAAGGUGGAUUGUGCCUUAGAGAUGCGAACUCAUCCCGUGUCCCAGCCCUUCUCCACAGCCCCCAUCCUGCAUCCCCCCUCUUGCUCUGCAGCACCCACACCCCAUCAUCCACCGCCUUCCAGGCUGGCCUUGGGGACAGCCUGCUUUAGCUGUAGCUCCAGCACAAGGCAAAGCACCCCAUGCAUGGGAAGCCUCUGCUCCUGCCCUGCUCCCCACAGAGGGAAGGAGUCAGGCAGGAGCAGCUUUGUGGUCCCUUCAUCUGGCUGUGCUGCUCGUUGGUGCUCUGGGAGCCAAAAUCUGGCUCCCUGCUCCCUGCGGCCAUGGGAGAGGCUUUGUAUCCAUGGGCAUCCCUCAUCUGACCCUGGGCAUGGAGCCCUUGGGGACAGGGCUCAGCAGCAGGGUCCUCCACAGCAUUUUGGGUGUGAUGGGCUCCCGGUGCUUCUCCCCCCACAGCCCACACCAGGGAAGCUGUGUCUUGGGGUCAGGACUUGCUGUGGUGUGUCCAAACAUGGGUGGCAAAAGCAGGAUUUGUCCUGUGUCCCCAUCCCCAUCUUCUUCUUGCCAAGGGCUCUGGGAAAGGGCUGCCCCAAGUGUCCCACUGCCCUGUGCCACCGAGCACGGUGCUGGGGACAGGGACAUCAUCCCUGCAGAGCUUCUUCCCACCAGUGUCUGUCACCAUCACCCCACACUGCCCACCAAGGGGCUGCUCUGUUUUUGGCUUCCUCUAAAAACCACUGGGAGAAGACCUUUUUCAGUACUGACUGCCCCAAAUGCAUUGUCCCCAAAAGUGGGGACACACAGGGACGUGCCAUUGAGCUCCAGCCAUGACAUUUAUGUUUCUAAGGCAGUGAAGGCGGAUGCCAUCCCAUCUCCAAUCCUUUUGCUCCUGGGGGGAUGCUUUUACCCCCUGCUUUUUUGCACCACAGCAUCUGGGGGGUGGGAAGGAUGGAGGGGUGGGGGGGCAGAGAGAUUUUGUGUGAGCACUACUUAUUUAUUUUUUUAAAACAAAUGCUUUUAAGUGGUUUUAGGUUCUUUUGAAUAAAUAAUAAUUAUUAAAAAAAAUAAAAGGUGCACAUCUUGCUGCUGUAGAGUUCUCAGAGGGUUAACUUCUUUAUAAAUAUAUAUAUAUAUAUAUAUCACAGUAAAUAUUUGUAUAAAAACGAAAGAGAAAUAGAAAUGUCUUUAAGUAAAUUAUUGCUUUUAAAGAAACUCCUAUGAUUGUACAGUGUUACCUGGGAGAAUAGAAUAAUAUAUACAGAUGUAUUUUUAAACUGCUGUGUAGGAGGAUGUGAACUGGGACAGGGAGCGCCUGUGGCUGCCACAGUGAGGGGAUUCCAGACCUUCCCUGGCCCCUGUUCACACACCCCCUGCCCCAAACCCUGCUAGUAAGGGUCUAGCUCUGGUGAGAUAUCCUAUAUCUACGGUAUAGUCCUUGUCCUGACCAUGGACCACCCUGGUACAUAGUGUAUAAAUAUGAUUUUUGCCUACCUGUGAGAGCUCAGAGCUACUGGUCAUUUCUCCUACCACCAGGGAGCAUCGGGAAGGCUGCCCAGCCAUAGCUUAAAUCCCAUCAAUUGUCAAAGAAAGGAGUAAAAAAGAAAACAACAACAAAAAAAAAAGGUGGGAAAAGCCCCAGUUCAGCACUUGGGUUUCUUUAGGGGGCUGGGAAGGCUAUGGGGGUGUGGGUUUUUGUGGGGUGGAAUCCCUGUGGGAAGGGGAGACGAGCACGGUGAAAUGUCCCCCACCCCAAAAAAUAACCAGCCGCCGGGCAUUUCCUCCAGCGAGCCAAAUCCGUCCCUGGAGUUCACUCCAGCGUCACACUGGUCCUUGGAGGAUGCAGGAGCCCGAGGGAGGAGAGAGCCGCGAAUCCCCCCGGCCACAUCCCGCAGGGAUUGCCCAUCCUGGGGCUGGGGGCAGAGCUCCCCAAACCGGGGCUCAGAGCUCUGCUCCACUUUGGCCUCACCCUAAACAACCCCCCAGAGAGGGCAGAAAACAGCCGCAUCCCCCGCCCCAAAUCCCCCUCCGGGAAGAGCAUCCUGUGCCCUGGGGGUCCUCACUCGGCCGGGGCCAUCGGGACCAGCCUUAGCUUCUCAUCACCGAAUUUAGUGCACUUUGUCUUUUAGGGCUGGGACAAUCACUUAGUGCUCAACCUUUCGCGAUUCGGUGCCUGCUUGACCUUCAAACCUUUUGUAGGAGAUGAUUUCAGAGCCACCUUUUCUAUCUUUAAUAAGGCAGAACAAAUAUGUUUAUUUUUAAACCCUCCUGCUCUUCCCUUUCCUCUCGUGCUGACAACCAAAAGAGUCCCCUGUGUGUGUGUGUGUGUGUGUGUGUGUGUGUGUGUGUGUGUCCCCUCCCAUUUCUUGCACACAGAAACGAGCGUGUGGCAGCUGUGGCCACACAUCCUGCUCUCCCACCCCCCAAUUCAGGAAUGCUGCCACGGGGGGGUUGGCACAGGGCAGGAUCCAGAUGCAUCAGGAGCAGGGACAGGACAUGGGACAGCGCCCAACCCGAUGCCACCCAUCCCCUCGCCCACCUGCUGUGCACAUCUGUCCUGCUGCCCGCUCCCAGGGCACCUUCUCCCCUCCAUCUCCCCCCCAAACACACCCCAGUGCUCCCCCAGGCUUGACCCCACGUGGGUUUGGGGACAGAGACCCGGUACCAGUUCACAGGGCAGGUUGGCAACUGGGAGCACUGGUUUCCCAGGGAUAAAACUCUGAGUCUGUUCGCUGGGGCAAUGGUGGUAGAGAAGCUGAGGGAUGCAAUGAAGUAUCUGUACCUUUUCCACCUCCGGUGUUUCUCUGUCUCAUUGCACAUAUAUUUGAGAUAUAUGUGACAAUGUAUAUAUAUAUUUGUAAAAUGUAUUUCAGAUGACAGAACUGGCCAAUUUUAUGUUAUUUUAAAUAUAUUAUAUAUAUUAUAUAUAAGAGUCUCCAAAAGAUAUAAAUAGACUAGAGAAAAUAAUAUAAAUAUGUAAUAAAUGUAUUUUGAUCUAUUUAAAAUAUCUCGCGUCAUGCUGUAUAUUUUAAAGAUCAUAGUGAAGUGUCUGCCUGUAGCCAACUUCCAACGUGUUUCCAAGUCUGUCAGUUGUCACACACACAGGAUAUGUGGAGCAAACUUUGAGCAAGACUGGGGCCAGCACGACAAAGAGAGAUUAUUUUUAAGAGCCUUUAAGCAAAAUAUCCAUGCUGUUGCCUUUAGGCAGGAGCAGAAAACACACAUCUGAAUUUUUCUUGGGAGGAUAAUUUUCCUCCCUGCUGCAGGAAUGCUCAGAAUCACGGGGAGGGGGCUGUGCAGAAGCCCCCCAAAUGCAGCCCCUCCCUGGGUACCCCUCGCUCCAGUGGCUCUGCCCACAGUGAUGGAGCGCAGCCAUGCAGGGAGCCCAGAGAUGGGGAAAUGUGUCUGGAGCCCAGGCAGGACGAGCCCAGCCAUCCAAAACCGACUCAACAAAUCUUCUCAGAGCAACCUUGGUCCCCAUGGGCCCUGUAGGAUCUGUUUCCUAUGGGCAUUGCCUCCUGUGGGGAGCUCAGGGGACAUCAGGUGACAGUUUGAAUGUCUUUAAUGGUCACGGCUGGAGGAAAGCGGAGGCGGUGUGUGAGAUGCUAUUUACAGAGAGGUUAAUAGCCUGCUGCACACAGAGCCCCUGGAUUUGCCAUCCUGGAUUUUCCUCCUGGCUUUCACACCUGGCUGCCACAGGAAAUGUGGCUCAUGUACUGAGAUAACCUGGGGAAAUUAUCCAUUACCAUUCCUCAGGCUGGGCACAGGCUGAAUCCAGUUCAGGUGACCGGUGGCUGAUCAUUUCCACCCACCAGUAAUUGUCUGUUUGGUCCCAUCAGCUCCAUCCCUUUCGCCGUAAGGAAGUUUUUUAUUCAUUAAAAAAAAAAAAAAAAUCCCCACCAGCCACUCACUCUAAUCACUACAGAGGGGGCUAAGCAAGAUUUAAGAGCAAAACCAGUUUAAUUUAGCAAAGGGGGAGACUGAGAGGUGACUUGAUUACAGCAUUUUUCACGGGGAGGAUACACUGGUACAAAGAGGUAACUUAAUCUAGCAGGGAGAGGCAUAAUAACCACCUCUUCCUGGAAGCUGGAGCCAGACAAAUCUAUCUUGGAAAUAAGGAGCGAUCUUUUAAUAAUGAUUAGCUAUUAGAACAAGCCACCAAUCUCUGUCUCUUAAUGCCUUUAAAUCUGGACCAGAUGCUUUUCUGGAAGCUUUUCUCUUGCUGAGGAGAGGAGAGGAGAGGGGGUUCUCAGGGCUGGUAAUGGCCUGUUACAGGCAGGGAGGAGAGGAGAUGGGGAAAACUCCACUCCAAAUCACUGGAGCUGGGUCUGGGGAAGGAAAAUGCCAGGGAGGAGGUGGGGGAUGCUCUGGCAGAGCCCUGCCAGCAUCUCUCCCAGGGACAGGCCCGUGCAGCAGCUUCCCACGGCUGCCGUGCCCCCGCUGCCAGGCUCUGCUUUGCCAUGCAGCAGUGACUCCUCACUGCACUGCAAACCCCAGCGCCUCGUUUGUGGAAGCAUUUAAUGAUUCAGGAGCCGGCAGCUCCCUGGGGACAGCUCCCACUGCCUCCAGAAUUCCUCCCUCCCUCAGCGGCUGCUUGUACAGAAAUCCCCAUGGAGCUGAGCUGAUGCUGGCACCACGGGAAAUGUGUUUGGUCCUUGCUUGAUUUCCAAUCCAACCAUCCUCAUCUUCGAGAGCUGAACUGAGGGGUGGGAGCAGCAGGGAUGUGGCUCUGAGGGAAAUGACCUUGCUUGCAUCUCACAGGCCUGGCUGGGAAGUUUUCAGCAGGGAUGGGCACCAGUGUAAUAAGUCUGGGGCUGUUUCUUAGCUGGAAAUCUCCACUUCUAAUAUUCAAGUUGUCUUUAAGGGCUAAAACCCACUCUGAACUCAGCACCAGCCCUCACUGACUGCCCUCCUGCCUCUUCCCUUUGGAUUCAGGGGAUCAGAGUAUCUCUCUGUGCCCUUGCAGAGGUUUUUGGCCUCCCCAAAGGCACCGUGUCUUUUCAUCAGCUUGGAUGGGUUUUGCUCAAACCCACUGAAAUCUGGCUGAGCCAGUCUGUCAUCAAGAGGCAAAGAGUGGGCAGUGGGGCUGGGAACUCUGCAUUCCCACCAGGACCCCAUCUCAGAGGGAUGAAGGCAAGGAACUUUGCCCUGGCCCCACUGGAGAUGCUGCUUCUCCAUCCACCCUGGAUUAAUCCUCUCUCCAGGCUGCUCCAGGAGCCUCAGUCCCUACAGACCCCUCAAAUUCGGUCCCUUGCCCACCUGAGUUGCCCCAGUGCUGUUCCAGGUGUCCGGGAGGAGCUCGGGUACCCCAGGGCAACACCCAGGGAUGCUGGGUUGUCUCGGGGGUAACCAUAGUAACAGAGCAGCAUCUCUGCUCUCCUGCUGGCAAUCUGCUUUUUCAUCCUACAUUAAGGUGGACCUUCUCCAAGUCCUUUCUCCCCCUCCAUAAGGGCAAUAUCAAGGGCUCUCUCAGACAGCCCAGCUCUUCUGCUCCAUGCCACACCAGGUUUCAUCCCACUAAAACCAGGAUCCAGCCAGGGAACCAGCCUCCAGCAUCCUGCAGGGAGUCCAGGAAGGCAGCAGCUGGAGUUUCUCCUUAACACAGAUUUAUAAUUGUGAGUGGGACAAAAUUAGGGGUUUCCUUAUACUUGCUGUUAACAGGUCACUGGCAAGGUUAAAAACCUCAAAUAUUUUAAUAUUUUUUAAUUGUAAAAUGCCUCUACUAGCAAUAACACUCUGGCUUAUUAAUAUGGAUUGAUUUUUUUUUCAGUGCAGAAUGUAAUUAUCACCCGUUAAGUACUUUGUUCACCUUUCACAUUUCUCCUCACUCGGGGAAGGCAAACACAUGAGUCAGCGUCCCUUUUUCUGUCACUUUUAGGCAGUUUUUUUUGUGACAAGCCAUUGUGAAUCAGCACAACACUGCAAAGUUCAGGUCACAAACGCUCCUGAGAUGCUGCUCACAGGGAAAAAUGGUGAUUUUUAUGAAGGAGGUGAAGGACAACUCCUGUCUUGACCCUGGGCUUUGGGGGGAAACCCCAAAUGAAUAAAUUUGGAAUCAAACUGGGCUCAAUGGUGCUGAUUUAAGGGGAGAAGUGAGAAGGGUUUCCCGUGGGAUAUCAGGAUGGAGAGGAUGUGUUCAAGCUGACAGAUCAGCAUCCCUUCCCCAGCCAGUCGACACUCCCUCUCCUCUUCCCCUGCAGCUGGCACAUUUAUUUUGGAAACACCUCAUUAGUAUGUAAUUAAACCUUCCCCUCUUUGCCUGGCGACCCCCAGCAUCACUCCCAUCCUCCGGGCUGGGGCGUUCCUCCUGUCCCCUUCCCUGCUCCGUGCUGGGGGUGUUGGCCACUCAGGGGUGGCACUGGCAGGGGGAUGACCCCAAAAUUAUCCGUGGGUCGGUAUCCCCGGCUGGGGGUUUGCUGUCCGUUUGGGUUGUGGCUGACUCAGCCCCAGAUGGUUCAGUGAGCGUUUAUGUAACGCGUGUUUUGGCGGGGGCCGGGACGCGGAGCGCGGCGAGGAGGUGGGCGCGGGGGCGAGGGAGGGAACAGAGCUAAAGAUAAGCCUGGCAGCACUGCCAGAGCGGUGCCAGAGCGGUGCCAGAGCUGUGCCAGAGCUGUGCCAGAGCUGUGCCAGAGCUGUGCCAGGCCCCGUGGGAGCCGGCAGGGGAAAGGCCGCGCUGGGAUCGGUCACCGAGCUGGCAGCCAGGUCCCGUCUCCAUCCAACCCACCCAGCCCCACCGCCAGGUUCAACUCCCUCUGCCUCUCACAAAUAGACCCAAAAUCAUCUCUGUUGUUUCACAACAGCUUUUUUACUCCUGGUGUUGCAUGAUCUGGGUGCAGCAGGGAAGUGUUUUGGUUGUAGGACUGAACCAAGCUGGGUAAAGAUUUCCCAGAUUCGUCCCCAUCCCUCCUUCCCUCCCUCUCUGCUUCACCAGUGACUGACCAGCACUGGAGCUCACACUGGGAGCAGAAAAUGGAUGAUAUUUCUAUUGAAGGGAUGUUUUGGGUGACCUUUGACCUCUAUAGAAGUCUUCCUCUUUUUCUCAGUUUACAAUUUCAAUGUACACACAAAGAUGACCCUUGUUUUACGGGAGUUUUAUUUUCAUGCUCUGGAGAUGUGCUAAAUAAAAACCAUUCCAAUACACA